UACCUAGUAGUAACUACCUACCAAGUUUGAUGGUGCUGCUGCGGGCUAUCACGUGAUGCAUGUGAUGAGUCAGCUGGCAAAGACACAGUAUACUUGCACCGUAAUUUGAUCAUUUUCCAGACUGUAUAUUAUCACAGUACAAGUCACAUUCAACUACCCAAUUCACACCGUAGACAUUUUGCAUCAUUUCUCAACCACAAGCUUCAUCGAUUAUUUCCUACGGGCCGCAGAAAAGUGAAAAGAAGAAUCAAGAGCCACCACUCCCCUCCCCUCUCUCCCCCCCAGCUAGCGAUCCCAACGAAGCCGACAAAUCAUGGGCUCUAGCUCGUCCAAGCCAGAGGCGGGCCAAUCCUCACAUGUCUGGAAGGCGUCCUCGCCUAUAGGAAUAUCGCACGAUGUCGUCGAAUCCCUCCAGUCCAACAGCGAGACCGACUCCUCGCGCGCCCAAACCCUCGAGCUCGCCGUACAAGCGCGCGUCGCCUCCGAACUACGCAAGCUUGAAGCCCACGAAAACGCCGCCCUAAAAGCCGCCGAAGAGAAAGCGUCCGCCCUGCUCUCGGAGCAAGCGGCCUCGGACGAGUCGGGGCGGGCGAGCAGCCGACAGGCGGUGUCGAAGGAAGUAGAGGCACUGCGCGCGCGACUGGACAAGCGGAAGCAGCUGCGGCCGGUUCCCGACAGCGUGGAGGCGGCGCGGGGCGAGGUGGUGCGGUGUCUGAUGGAGCACGACCGGCGCCCGCUAGACUGCUGGAAGGAGGUGGAGGCGUUCAAGGAGGAGGUCAGGAGGCUGGAGAAGAGUUGGGUGGAUAAGGUUGUUUCGUAGACGCUCUUAUUUUCUUGUGCGAAGAUAGAGAAGGAGAGACAGAGACAGAAAGAGAUAGCCAAAAGAGACGUAGAAGGAGACCGGGGACGAAAAAUAUAGAUCCAUGAGAGAAGCUUCUAAGAGAGAGAAAGAGAGAGAAGCAGAAGAUGGAGGCAGGCGCAUACUCUGUUGUAAUAAUACUCGACACUACUACGGCAUAGCAUAGAAGGGAAUCACUCGGGCGAAAGAACCGUAUCGAGAAA